UAAAUAAAUUACCACGUGCUUUGGCUUUGGGGUCUCAAAGUGCAAAUAUUCCUAAAUCACUGAAAACCCACUCACAGUUAUCGGCUGCGGACUUCCCCACCGUCGACUCAGUGGACUCUCCUGAUGGACGUCCUCUUCGAUACAAUCAACGUCCAGGAUCUUCUUUCCUCGCCGGAAUCCACCUCCUCGCCGCUAUCGGCGCCGGAUCUUCGCCUCCUCAUAUCUCGCCUCGACGCCCACUCGCUGAGGAUCAAAUCCACCGUCCAAUCGUACCUCCUCGCGCACCACGACGAAUUCGCCUCCCUGUUCUCCCAGUGCUCCGACGUCGUUUCCAGGUCGGAGCGUCUAUCGGAAGACGUCGUAGCGCUGCUCAAGCUGAUAUGCGAUCAGCCAAUCGAGGCGGAUGUCGGAAGGAUCGUUCGGAAGAUUGUGGAGAAGAGGCUGGAGGCGAGGGAGAAGAGGGAGGUUCUGCAGUUUGUCGGGGUCGUUUGGGAAUUAGAUAGAAAGUUUGGGGUGGUUAGAGAUGAUGUGAAAAGUGGCAGGGUGGUUGAGGCGGCGGAUGGACUGAGGGAGCUGAAGAUUGCCAUUGGAGUUAGGGGCGGCAGCGAUGCUGAGGUGGCAGCCGAAGGUGAGCCGGAGGUGUAUGGUAUUCUCAAAAGGCAAUGGACGGACUGUUUUGAGGAGAUUCAAGAGCUGCUUUUGAGGUUUAUGGAGAAAGCAGUGAAAAUUGAGCAGGGAGAUAAUGCACUGCAUAUUAAGCAUCAGAUAAGUGUGAAUGGGAUUGAUGGGCUAGAGCUAUACACUGUUUUGAAAGCACUGGAUGUUGCUGGCAUACUCGAUUAUGGGCUUGCUAAAGUUGCAGAUUUGAUUAUUAAAUAUGUCCUUACUCCACUAGUGAGUUGUACUGCGACUCCAUAUAUAGAAGAAAUCAAUCAGGACUCGGGCAAUGCCCCAGAGGCAGUGUUUAAAGUGGUUCCUUCUGUUGAUCCUGGAGUACGUGUUAGGAAUAUGGCAUGCGUAAUUACUUUUCUCUUAUAUCUAGCUUGUUCGUACAUCAAAGGUAACAAGGUGAAUGGUGAAAUUAUGUACUCCAGCAUUCUUCAGAUCGUUGAGUUUGUUAACAAGUUCUUAGUCUUUCAAAAUAGUUCUUGGAUGUGCUGUUUCGGAAGAUUGACUUGGCCACGGAUGUCAGAUAUGAUUAUUUCCAAUUUUCUUUCCAAGGUUGUGCCCGAUGAUGCUUCCAAGCUGGCUGAGUUCCAAGAGGUCAGGAAACUAACAAUUGAUUUCGAGGCAGCUCUAAAGGGACUUGGGUUCAUAUCCCCAUCUGACAUCAAGGAUGAGAAGCUGAGCAGAUUUGCCGACAAUGUUGAGAUUCACUUUGCAUCACGAAAGAAAGUUCAGAUUCUGUCUAAGGCCAGAAAUAUGCUUCUGCAAUCUAAUUUCAGUCUUCCUCAAGACUUUGUUAUGAAAAUUUCAGGGGUCCAUAAGGAACAACAUGCUGGAGAUAUCUCUAAUCAUGCUGUUCUACUCUUCUCAUCUGAGAAAUGUGUGGUGUCUGAGGCAGCCAAACAGCUAAUGGAGCUUGUGCAUCAAACUCUCAAGGAUGUAUGUUUGUUACCUCCAAAAGUUGGAUUGGAAUUCUAUCACGCUGCUAGAAAAGCUUUAGUUCUUUAUGAAGCUAUCAUACCUGUGAAGCUUCAAAGACAGCUGGAUUCCAUCAACCAGGCUGCUGUUCUGAUUCACAAUGACUGCCUCUACCUAUCUCAGGAGAUUCUUGGGUUUGCAUUUGAGUAUCGCCCAUACUUUCCCAGUUCUGUGAAAGAACAUGUGAUAUUUGUUGAUUUGGCUCCCAGAUUCCAGCUCAUGGCUGAAGAUGUUUUGAAGAGACAAAUUCAGCUUGUCCUUCAUAAUUUGAAUCAGGCUAUUGAUGGAGCUGAUGGAUUUCAAAAUACCCACCAGAUCAAACAAUUUGAAUCAGCCAAGUUUUGUAUAGACCAGGUUGCGUUCAUUAUUGAGAAAGUGCACAUCAUUUGGGAGCCUCUCUUACUUCCUUCAAUCUACGAGAAGAGCAUGACCAUGAUUUUAGAAUCUGUAUUCUCAAGAAUUGCAAAAGAGAUACUUCUGUUGGAUGAUAUGGCAGCUGAAGAAACUCUGCAGCUUCAAAGACUGAUCCAUUUGCUAUUUGAGCAUCUCUCGUCUUUAUUGGAGCCCCUUUUGGCCUUUGACCGCAUAGGAAGGUCACAAGAGGGCCAGAACGACACCGAUUAUUUUGUAUUAUCCAUUCGGAAGCUCAGAAAAUUGGCAGAACUUCUGGACAUGCCUUUGAAGUCGAUUACUGAGGCAUGGGAGAGUGGCGAACUUUCUGACUGCAAUCUAACAUCAUCCGAGGUGGAAGAUUUUAUAAGGGCCAUCUUCACGGAUUCGCCUCUGAGGAAAGAAUGCUUAUUCAGAAUUGAGAACUCGAAUAUGAGGUAAAAGAAGAAAAAAAAAUUGGAAUCGGUAUUGCAAUUUGCGAGGGGACAGGCGAUGUAGAAAAAGUAAAAAAUCUAGCAAAGGAUAGAAGCUGUUCUGGCACAGGCUUAUAUAGCAUUCUUCUUUUUUCCC